AUGAUAUCAAGAACGCUACUCUCCGCCCUCUCCCUCGCCGUCGCGACAGAGGCGGCCAUCGGCCCUUCUGCUCAGCUCACCGUGUCGAAUGCACAACUUGCGCCAGAUGGGUACAUGCGAGACACCGUCGUCGUCAACGGCCAGUUCCCCGCUCCGCUCAUCAAGGGACAGAAAGGCGACACGUUCAACUUGAACGUCUUCGACGCUCUUACGGACAACCAGCUUGAUACCGUCACGUCCAUCCAUUGGCACGGACUUUUCCAACAUGGUUCACCUCAUGCGGAUGGGCCAUCCUUUGUUACGCAGUGCCCUAUAGUACCGCUCGAGAACUUCGACUACAAGUUCCAAGUACCUGAUCAAGCCGGCACGUACUGGUACCACAGUCACUACAAGAACCAGUACUGCGAUGGUCUGCGUGGGCCCUUGGUCGUAUAUGACCCGAAUGAUCCGCAGAAGUCGCUGUACGACGUCGACAACGAUGACACGGUCAUCACGCUCGCUGACUGGUACCACUACCUCUCAACCGACGCUCCUGCGGGCAAGCCGCAACCGAACACUACCUUGAUCAACGGAAAGGGGCGCAACAUUGACGUCGGAACCAAUACCCCGCUCGCAAUUGUGAACGUUGUAGCUGGCAAGCGCUACCGUUUCCGCUUAGUGUCGAUCUCCUGCGAUGCGAGCUGGUUCUUCAGCAUCGACGGGCACACCUUCGAUGUCAUCGAAGUUGACGGCACAAGCCACCAACCACUCGCCAUCGACUCCCUUCAGAUCUUCGCCGGUCAACGCUACUCCCUGGUUAUGGCCGCAAACCAACCCGUCUCGAACUACUGGAUCCGCUCUAUCCCCGACCCUCAGUCCAGCAUCGACCGAAGCACCGACGACGGCCGCAACAGUGCCAUCCUGCGCUAUGCCGGCGCACCGGCCGUCGAGCCCAACACCACCAGCACAGUGAAGACCCUUCUCAACGAGCAAGACCUGCACCCGCUUUCUAACGCGUCGGCGCCGGGCCGGCCUGGACCGGGUGGUGCGGACCAGAGUAUACUGCUCAAUGUGACGCUCGGCGCGGAUGGGAUCUUCGCGAUCAAUAAUGCUUCGUUCCUUCCUGUACCGGACCAGGUUCCGAUUCUGCUGCAGGUUUUGAGCGGGAGGCCUCCGGCGAAUCUUAUGCCGCAUGGCUCGAUCUAUAAUAUUAGCAGGAACCAGGUCAUCGAGCUCGUCAUCCCGGGCGCUCAAGCUGGACCCCAUCCGGUGCACUUGCACGGACACACCUUCUCCGUCAUCAAGUCGGCUGGGGAUAACACGACGAACUACGUGAACCCGCCCAUCCGUGAUGUCGUAGCCAUCGGGAACUCGACUGAUCCUAUCAACACUGUUAUCAUUCGCUUUGAGACGAACAAUCCCGGCCCGUGGUUCUUCCACUGCCACAUUGACUGGCAUCUGAAUGCUGGAUUCGCUGCCGUCUUCGUCGAGGACCAGCCCGAUAUCCCCAAUGUAGACGACCCGCCUCUCGACUGGAAACUGCUAUGCCCCGCAUGGAACCUGUACUCCGUCAUCAACAACCUUGUGACGGGCAUCGAGUCCCUCGUACCGACCGAAGCCACGAGCGAUACGCCGCCCGACCUCUCGAACUUGACGUUACCCGACCUUGGUCAAGACUAG